AUGGGACUCAACGGGGAGGAGCAACGACGUGGGGUUGAGCUCGGCACGAGUGGCGGCGCACACUCGGUCUCCUCCAGCGGCUCCGACGCCUACAUCCACAACCGCUGGCUGAGGGGCAUCUCCUUCGGGAGCGGGAACUACGAAUUCCACAUCCCCCGCGCGUCUUCGCGGAGGCGCAGCCGGUCGUGUCUUCCGGAGAGGCUGGCGGCGACGAGCGCGUGCGUCCUCUUCUGGCUUGGCUUCAUGGGCCCAUGGUGCUGGCUCAUCGGCGGGUGGAUGCUCACCACGGAGGGCGAGCUCGAGCCGGAGUUCCGGCGCGAUGCGGACGCGAAGGGCGCGAUCCUGCCCCAGGCCGCGAGGGCGAAAGCGCUUAGAACGCUGGCGCCGCUGACUGUGUGGCUUAGCGGGGCUGUAGCGCGUGAAGGACAACGCACACACAGUGGACGAGAGUCACGGUGGACGCAGCGGGUGGCGCGUACUCCUCCAGGCGAGUUGACGUCGAUGUUCGGAAUCGUCGCGAGCACUGGCGCCGCCCGCCCAGCACGCGACUGA